UCCCUUGCGCCGCUGAACACGUCACAUUCCCUCGCCUCGAUUCAAUCUUUUCCCUCUUUGAAUCGUUGGUGUUUAAAUCGCGUUGGUUCUCGGACUUGUUCUCCUUUUCCAGCCGUUUUAAACUGAGUUCAGCAGAAUGGGUCCUGUAGAGCUGCUCCACAUGUCAGUUUUCUCUCAGAGUUUUUCUCCCUGCGGUCGAUUCCUGGCAGCUGGAAACAACUAUGGAGAGAUCGCUCUGUUCAGCCUGUCUGCAGCUCUGAGUCCAGAUGCCACAGGACUGAGUCAGAAACCGGUUCUGACCUUCACCGCUCACGAAGGUCCGGUCUUCUCUCUGCUGUCGACGGACUGUCACCUCCUGAGCGCAGGGAACGGGGAGGUCAGCGCCUGGAGCUGGACCGAACUCAUCAAGAAGAACGUCAAACCUCUGUGGACCAAAAGACCGAACUACAAGUCGAGUCUGGAGAUUCCAGAGAUCAACUCCAUGACCAUCAACAGCAGAGACAACAGUCUGAUCGUCGGUGGAGGAGACAACAACCUGCACGUCCUGGACCUGGAACAUGGAGUGUUCAAGGCGGUCCUGCAGGGUCACUCAGACUACGUCCACUGUGUGACCAUGAGGGAGAGGGAGGCGGAGAUCCUGUCAGGGGGGGAGGACGGAGCUGUGAGGAUGUGGGACAGCCGCACGGCGCAGAGCGUUCACUGCAUCGACGUCUACAAGUACGAGAGCUGUGCUCGGCCUCAGUUCGGUAAAUGGAUCAGCUGUUUGACCACAGACUCCGACUGGAUGCUGUGUGGUGGAGGUCCGUCUCUGUCUCUGUGGCAUCUCCGCUCUCUGUCUCCGACCUCCACCUUCCCUCUGAGCGGCUGCCAGAGACAGGCCGCCUUCUACCAGGACAUGAUCCUGGCGGUGGGCGAGGGUCCGUUCGUGUCCCACUGUCUGCUGGGAGGAGACGUCAAAGCUCAGAUCCCCUGUUCUCCACAGAGCCUCAACACGCUGCAGCUCAACACCAACAGCACCGAGCACCGGGUUCUGACGGUCGGAGGCAGCAGCGCUCACAUCGACGUCUUCACCAACCUGUCGUACAGAGCCUUCUCCCUCAGCUUCUGAACAUGGACCGGACUCUCUGUGGCCCCCAAAACCUGAACUGGACUCAGACCUGGACCCUGAAACCGAGUCUGAAAUCGGUGUGAGGAGAAACUUUGUCAAAAUAAUAAUGUACGGUGGCCCUGAGAGGUCGAUAAACUGCAGCUUAAGAACAAAACCAAACACAAAAACAUGCUGUAAGUAGCACAGACGACACAACAGGAAGUGUUUCAAGAGGGACACAAACAAGUGACGCACCCGUCUGGGACAUGUUUGUUCAGCUGAAGUCGGCCACUCGUCAUUUUCCAACAUCCAACACAUUCCCGAUGGGUGCGUCACUUGUUUGUGUCCCUCUGGAAACACUUCCUGUUGUUGUCAGUUUGUUGAACUCGGUGCCACCGUAAAAAUUCUAUUAAAAUGUCCUCAAAACGUUGGUUUCUAACUCAACAAACUCACACCUGUAUGAACGCUGACGUGUGACAGAUGAAGCUCGGAGCAGUUUUUUGUGAAACUUUUGUAUCUUUUAGUUUGAAGAUAAUAAAAUAUUUUUGCCAUUUUAUACAAA